AUGGAGCCUGCCGAGGAUCCGAUUGGCCGACCCCUUGUGGCAAUCAAGAAGAAACCAUCUUUUUCGGAAACGGUGGUGCAGCUGCCCACAGCUUCGUCAACUGUCGAAGGGGAAGUGCUCCUGAACCAAUGGGACAUGUUGUCGGCCACAGAAGCAGCCCAUGCCCGCAACCAAAUACGCCGUGCCAUCGCAGUUCUCCGAAGGAUUCCAGCUCUCUGCACCGAUGCUGGCAAACACAACAUCCUAUACUCGCGCAAAACACAGGCGGUGACGAUGAUUGACUUUGAACGGGCUAGACCGUGUGACGAAAUCUAUUUAGCGAGUCAGGACCCGGAAAUGUAUGACAUAUUUGACGACGGACCAGAGGCAUAG